CUAUCCAAGUCAAAGUCAACAACAAAGGUCUUCGAUCUCUCUCUCUCUUUCUCUCUCGCUCGCUCCUUUUCACACACACUUCGUGGCCAAUAUAUUCCAACCAGAACACCACCUUAAAAACAUCCCUCUCUCACACAUACUUCUCUCCUAGUGAAAUCAACAUAAAAUGAAGAGCUUAGCCAUCCAAAUCCUAACAGGAAGAUGGUUUAUGUUCUUCGCGAGUCUCUUAAUCAUGUCGGCGGCUGGAGCCACUUACAUGUUCGGUCUCUACUCAGGUGAUAUCAAGACAGCCUUAGGCUACGACCAAACCACUCUUAACCUCCUCAGUUUCUUCAAAGAUCUUGGAGCCAACGUAGGUAUCAUCGCAGGUCUACUCAACGAGGUGUCUCCUCCUUGGUUCACUCUCAUAAUCGGAGCUAUACUUAACUUCUUCGGCUAUUUCAUGAUCUGGCUUGCUGUUACAAAACGGAUCUCGAAGCCUAAAGUUUGGCACAUGUGUCUCUACAUAUGCGUUGGAGCUAACUCUCAGUCUUUCGCUAAUACCGGAUCGAUCGUCACGUGUGUCAAGAACUUCCCGGAGUCACGUGGUUUUGUCUUGGGGAUUCUCAAGGGAUAUGUUGGUCUUAGUGGCGCUAUUAUUACACAGCUCUACCAUGCCUUUUAUGGUGACGACACCAAAUCUCUAAUCCUGAUGAUUGGUUGGUUACCUGCAGCAAUCUCGUUUGCUUUCUUGUGGACGGUAAGGAACAUGAAAGUGGUGAGACAGACAAAUGAGCUAAAGGUGUUUUAUAACUUCCUCUACAUAUCGUUCGGGCUAGCGACGUUUCUCAUGGUGGUCAUCAUCACUGACAAACUCUCCGGCUUUACAAGAAGUGAGUUUGGAGGCAGUGCCGCCGUGGUGAUCGUCUUGCUACUUCUACCGAUCAUCGUAGUCGUCUUGGAAGAAAGGAAGCUCUGGAAAGAUAAACAAGUCGCCUUUAAUAAUCCAGCACCAAUCAAUAUCGUCACGGAGAAAGCAAGCUUAGAUUCAUUAGAGGUCAAAGAUGAUAAUGAAAGGUCAACAAAAGUGGAGAGUGUUAAAACGGCGUCGUGUUGGACGACUAUAUUUAGUCCACCGGAGAGAGGAGAUGACUAUACGAUCUUGCAAGCGUUGUUUAGCGUCGACAUGUUGAUAUUAUUUUUAGCGACCAUAUGUGGUGCGGGAGGGACGCUGACGGCUAUAGACAACUUGGGUCAAAUAGGUGGUUCAUUGGGUUAUCCAAAGAGAAGCGUAAGCACGUUUGUGUCACUAGUAAGCAUAUGGAACUACUUUGGUCGUGUGACUUCAGGUGUACUCUCAGAGAUUUUCUUGAUCAAAUACAAGUUCCCAAGACCUAUAAUGCUCACAAUGAUCCUCCUCUUCUCAUGCACCGGCCACCUACUAAUCGCUUUUAACGUCCCUGGUGGACUCUACGUUGCAUCGGUCAUCAUAGGGUUUUGUUUUGGUGCGCAGUGGCCGCUUCUAUUUGCGAUAAUCUCCGAGGUGUUUGGGCUUAAAUACUACUCUACGUUGAUUAACUUUGGGUCGGUCGCAAGCCCUAUCGGGGCUUACUUGCUAAAUGUUCGGGUCGCGGGGUAUUUGUACGACAAGGAGGCGGAGAAGCAACAUAAAGCAUUAGGGAUACUGAGAAAGGAGGGGCAAGAUCUUAGCUGCAUGGGCACGGCUUGUUUUAAGUUGUCAUUUAUUAUAAUUACCGUGGUAACUUUGUUUGGUGUGUUGGUCUCGAUGAUUUUGGUGGUCAGGACCAAGAAGUUUUACAAGAGCGAUAUCUACAAAAGGUUUAGAGAAAAAGCGUUGGCGACUGAGAUGGAGAUGGCCCCGCCUACUCCGGAAAAAUCUACGGUGGACGAGAAUGAUAAUGUUCGUGGCAAAGUGGUUGGCAAAGGAGGGUAAAGUUGCUUAUUAGUAGAUGAUGUAAGAAUACCAAACAAGAAAAUAUCGUGAAGUAUUUUGUAAACAAGAUUAUGUUCCGUGUCCUUGGUCCAGCACACGUUCACACCCUUCUUUUAGAGCUACUAUGCUUUUUUUUUUUUUGACUGAAGAGCUACUAUACUUUAUUUGAUGUUUUUAUCGUUUUGUGUCUUUGGAGUCUUGGAAAGUAGUGAAAGGUUAGUGUUUGGAGAUAGGUAAGGGUCAUCAUGAGUCAACUAAUGAGUUGGACUUGUGAUUUUAUGAGGCCACACGGGACUGCUUUGAAUAAAUCAUUAAAAGAUAAAGAACUAAACUA